CUCCUCGGCCAUGCGGCCGCGCCCCCACUAGGCCCCGCACGGCCCGGCGCGGCCAUGCCGGCCAAGAGGAAGCCGGUGCUGCCGGCCCUCAACAUCGCCCCCAGCCCCGCAGAGGGGCCCAGCCCCGACGGCUCCGCCGAGGCAAACCUAGUAGACCUGCAGAAGAAGCUCGAGGAACUGGAACUAGACGAGCAGCAAAAGAAGCGCCUAGAAGCUUUUCUCACCCAGAAAGCCAAGGUCGGGGAGCUGAAGGAUGAUGACUUUGAGAGGAUCUCUGAACUGGGAGCUGGCAAUGGCGGUGUGGUCACCAAAGUGCAGCACAAACCCUCAGGACUCAUUAUGGCACGAAAGCUCAUUCAUUUAGAAAUCAAACCAGCCAUCAGGAAUCAGAUUAUCCGAGAGCUGCAGGUGCUGCACGAGUGUAAUUCCCCAUACAUUGUGGGUUUCUAUGGAGCCUUCUACAGUGAUGGGGAGAUUUCCAUCUGCAUGGAGCACAUGGAUGGUGGCUCUCUGGAUCAAGUGUUAAAAGAAGCCAAAAGAAUUCCUGAGGAGAUCUUAGGGAAAGUCAGUAUAGCGGUUCUGAGAGGUUUGGCAUAUCUGAGAGAGAAACACCAAAUCAUGCACAGAGAUGUGAAGCCCUCUAACAUUCUGGUUAAUUCCCGAGGAGAGAUUAAGCUGUGUGAUUUUGGGGUCAGUGGUCAGCUCAUUGACUCCAUGGCAAACUCUUUUGUCGGAACUCGGUCCUACAUGUCUCCCGAGCGGUUGCAGGGCACUCAUUAUUCAGUCCAGUCUGACAUUUGGAGCAUGGGUCUGUCGCUAGUGGAGCUGUCUAUUGGAAGGUACCCAAUCCCCCCGCCAGACUCCAAGGAACUGGAAGCAAUAUUUGGCCGUCCUGUGGUGGACGGGGCAGAGGGAGAGUCUCACAGCAUCUCGCCACGGGCCAGGCCCCCAGGACGCCCCAUCAGUGGCUAUGGGAUGGACAGCCGGCCUGCAAUGGCCAUCUUUGAACUGCUGGACUAUAUUGUUAAUGAGCCACCUCCCAAGCUGCCAAAUGGAGUUUUCACACAAGAUUUCCAGGAGUUUGUAAAUAAAUGCUUAAUUAAAAAUCCAGCAGAACGGGCAGAUCUGAAGAUGCUGAUGAAUCACACCUUUAUUAAGCGCUCUGAAGUGGAAGAGGUGGAUUUUGCCGGCUGGCUGUGUAAAACGCUGCGGUUAAACCAGCCCAGUACUCCCACCCGCACUGCCAUGUGACCGCUGAGCCGACCGCCUGGUGUCAGUACAUCUGCCUAUCUGUCACCAUUUCCUGCCCUUCAGUAAAUGACAGAACCGCCCUUCUUCCUUGUCCCUGGCCCCUUUUCGCCUCACAUCCAAACGGCAAAGCGCCAUCACUCGGAAAUGUCUGCCAGCUGACCCCCGAGAGCGAAAGCGGGCUUCAUUUCUUUUGGUUUGGGGGUGUUCCAAGCCUCUGCACCAGCUCCAGUCAGUCUCUGGAGCUCCUGACACUGGGGAAACGUGGUGCUGCUUAUGUUAAUUUUUCUCUCUUGGAAACAUGUUCACUUGGGUUAAAAAAAAAAUCACGUGUGCACGCUUGCGUGUAUGUGUGAGAAGGUGGCAGGGGAUGAGGGAUUGGAGACAUUUCAUCUGCUCCUUGGUUUUCGUGUGGGCUCAAAGGUGGUUAGCAGAGAAGUCUGCCGCCGGGAAGGGAGAGACCUCCCGGGUUGGAGCAGCUGGCCAAGGGGCUCGUCCAAGCCCCAAACUGGUGCCACUGUCUUGCAUUUACUGGCGGAGAGCUGGGGAGGUGAUGGGCCUCGCCGAGAGCUCGCUGGGGGACAUUGGCAGGUGCAUUGCGAACCCAGUGAAGAGGUCUGGGGUAUUAUUUUUAGCUUACCUAGAGAAGAGUGUAGCAGGGAAUUCUCUCCCACCCUCUUCCAGCCGAGUGCCUGGCUCUGCCAGAGCCGUGCGUGCUGGGCCCAGGAGGGCUGGUGGUCAGUCUGCAGAUGGAAGACAGGAAGAGGUUUAUGUUUAGUUCGGUUGUUUUUUUUUUUUUUUUUUUAUGGUUGUUUUUAAAGCCUGUUCUUGUCAUGCACUGGAUAUUUAGUGAAUUGUUUGAUCUGUUGGACUUCAGGCUGAGCUCUCAGCUUGUUAUGGCAGAGAAAUAAGGAAUAAGCUGCCUUGUAAGGGGCUUGGCAAUCCUGGCUGGCCUCCAGAGCGGCAAGAGCUCCCGGGGCUCUCCAUCAGGUCUCGAUUGCGCCUCCCCGCUUGGUGGAGGCUGGGAGCGCAUCCCACUCCUUGCUGCUCGGCCUCGGCGGGUUUUCAGUGCUCAGGGUUUUCAGCGGGGGCUGCUUUGAGCUGCAGGAGGAGCAGGAAAGCAGGGAGAGGCGGAUAAGCUCGGCUGCACAUUGCAGUCCGCUGGGAGGCGAACGAAACCCAUCCAGCAAGACUUGCUUCAUCCAGAGCUUUGGGCAAGGGGUUUUUCCAAAGGCCAACAGGGUCUCUAAGCUGGACUGACAGUGUUUUUCAGGUCCCCUUUUGCCUUUGCAAAACUCUUUUUUUUUUUUUUCCUUGCAGCACCACGCUGGCAAGCACCCAAACCUGAGCAGCCCGCUCUGCUCCACGGAGGGCCGGGCCGCAGCGCUCGCGCGCUCUGUGGCGGCACCUAAGCCGCUCCACGGCCGGGGGUCUCCGCUAUGCUUGUCCACCCAUGGUGGCGGCAGCCACUAACGAUCACGUGGAAAGGGGUAACUGUCGGUGCCAUCACAGGAGCAGCCUCUGGGCUGAUCCGGCUGCGGAGCCGGGUGACAGCUCCUUACAGGGCUGUCCCAAGCUGGAUUUGUCUUGUAACUCUCAGCCAUAUAUAUAUAUAUAUAUAUAUAUAAAAAAUAUAUAUAUAUAUUUAUAUAUAAUAUAUAAACACUUUUUGCUUUUUGGAGUUUGCCAAGUGAAUGUUAUCGGAUGUUUCUCUCUGUUAGGGCAGAUCUGGUCCUUAUUUCCUUAAGGGAAAAAGGAAUCAAAGCUUAAAUAACAUAAAACAAGCUGCUCACUUCUUACCGAGUUCUGCUUCUCUUGAGCUACCUCUAGUGUAGUGAGAGAUCGGGUAGGUACCUUAACGGCCGCCAGGCACGUGGGGACGUCGGCUCCGGUGUCAGACUUCGCCGCAGGGCAGGCGCAAGGAUCUCGUGGCUGGGAUCAGCCCCUUGUGCUGUGUUGGGCUUUAUUCUGUUUGAACACCCCCCUCCUUUUCCCGUUUGAUGUAGAAACAAGCCGUAGGAGCGAGUCGUUCCCUUGCCCUCACUGUGUCGCAGCCCCAGAUGGCAAAUUCCUGAACCACGGGAAUAAAGGAGCAAAUGAGGGGGGAGGAAUUUGCAAAGCUCAAUGACUUCUUCUUUUUAUGCAUUUUUUCCCCUUUUGGGACCGCUGCUGCUUUUGACCUGACAGGCAAGAAUCUGUCUGGUAGCCGACAUGUCCGCAUCUGCCGCCCUCGGGUCCCCCUGCUUUGUCCACCACAAAAGGGGGGGGCGGCGUGGGACCUGCUAGCUUGCCCCGGCCCUGUUGUCUCCCCUUUUCUCCCUUCCUCCCCGGCGAAGGGUGAAAUUGCUGCCUUGAGCUGGAGCUUGGCCUGUCCCCCCUGCAAUCCUGUGCCAUUUACGCCAGCGAUGCGGAUGCGCUGCCUGUUUGGACAGCCAAAUAGGGGGCGAAAAGUCAAAAACCCACGUGGAUCGCGCUUAAUUUUCUCAAGUGGCACUGGUGCAUCCGGCACUGAUGCUGCUACAUUUUGAAAACCUCCGCUCUAACCCCAGCGUUCUCCGAUUUGAUCCAGAUCAUAAAGGGCUUUCCUUUCGCAGGUACCGUACGCCCGGCCGGGGGCACCGGGGCCGCUCCACAGCCCUUUCCGCCCCGUCUCCCGCCGGCCAGGUGAAGGGCACUGACUGUGCGCUGGCUUCUGCUUGUGCUCUGCUAGGCAGGAAAGUAGGAACUCAGGCAGCGUCCGUCUGCUCCAGCAGCCUGUAAUUACGGAGGAGGAGGCAAUCAGGUAGAGUUUAACAGCCCGAGCAAAGUCUUUGCCUGCAACGGCUGAUAAAUAUUUGAGACCUCGGAUCUGCAGCAGCAUUCGCGGGCCUGGUCGCUGGCCCAAAGCCCGUUUUCUCUUGCUGGAGCGCUGCUCCGUGCAAAGAACUCGGGAUAAACGUCUCGCUCCGAAGCACUGGGCGAGCCGAGCCAGCAGCAAGCAGCACGACAGGUUGCAGGUGGCCGUGCUGGGUCGGUCGCGUGGGAUUCGGGAGGCACUGGGGCCGUGGCAGUUAUUCUAUUUUGCCUCUUAUUUAAGUAAAAGAUAGGGAGUUGGAUGAUUAAAAAGCUUUAGGAUAUUUUGAGUGUUUUGCUUUGGCGCUUGGUUUUUGGAGGAGGAGCAAGUGUAUUGAGUGUUUUGUUGGUGCAAUUUUUUUUAACUCGAUAUUUUCAUCAUAAAGGAAAAAAAAAUAAAAUAAACGGCACUUUACAUUUA